AGGCGAGGAGAGCUUGCAAGCCGGGGAAGGGAUUAAAUAAAAGAACCGCCGAGCGCGCCCAUAGACCCCGACGUUGCACCCACGCACACACAGCUGUAUAUACACACACACAUCCACACCCGGAGUGCGCGCCUCGCCUCCAAAAGCGGCGGACGCGCGGCGCCCGGAACGGCGUUUGUUGCUGCAUUUGCUCUUUGGGACUUACAAUCGGGGCGAUGAUCGCUUAGGGAGAACCGGAGGGACCGCGCCGGGUUUUUCUCUUCUUUUGCCAGCUGCGAUCUUGAUCUCGAGCGAUCCAUCUUGGGCUUCAUUAUUAUUAUUUUUUGCACUGCGGUCCGACCGGCUGGUGGCUUCCUGGCCGGGCUCGGAAAAGAACCGGCGCCGUCCGCCCCCUCCACCACCACCGCCACCACCAUGCCGCUCACCCUGCCCAGCUUCCCGAGCCGGACUUACGAUUAUGACUAUGACUCGGUGCAGCCCUAUUUCUACUUCGAGGAGGAGGAGGAGAACUUCUACCUCUCGGCGCAGCACCGGGGCUGCGAGUUCCAGCCGCCCGCCCCGUCGGAGGACAUCUGGAAGAAGUUCGAGCUGCUGCCCACGCCGCCCUUGUCGCCCAGCCGCCGCUCGGGCUGCUUCCCCUCCCAGGCCGACCAGCUGGAGAUGGUGACGGAGCUGCUGGGCAGCGACGUGGUCAGCCAGAGCUUCAUCUGCGACCCGGACGACGACUCCUUCGUCAAGUCCAUCAUCAUCCAGGACUGCAUGUGGAGCGGCGUCUCGGCCGCCGCCAAGCUCCAGAAAGUGGUGUCGGAGAAACUCGCCUCCUACCAGGNCGCAGCGGAGCGGGACCGGAGGCAGCACCAGCAGCACGGGACCGGAGGCAGCACCAGCAGCAGCAGCAGCGCCGGCCAGCCGGCCUCCUCCUCGCCCCCGACGCCGGCCUCCUCCUCCGUCGCCUCCUCCGCCUCCUCGCCCAGCAGCGCUUACCUGCAGGACCUGGGCGCGGCCGCCGCCGAGUGCAUCGACCCCUCGGUCGUCUUUCCUUACCCACUGGGGGAGAAGCCCCCCAAGGCCAGCAGCGCCCAAGAAGAAGAGGAGCCCUCCCCGGAUCCCUGCCCGGCUGUCUUCCUGGACACCCCACCCACCACCAGCAGCGACUCUGAAGAAGAGGAAGAACAAGAAGAGGAGGAGAUUGACGUUGUAACGGUGGAGAAAGGGCAACUUGCAGCAAAGAAAUCUGAAUCCAGUACAGGGGGGCACAGUAGGCCCCACCACAGCCCCCUGGUCCUCAAGCGGUGUCAUGUCCCCAUCCACCAGCACAACUACGCUGCCCCUCCUUCAACCAGAGUCGAAUCUUCGGCAGCCAAAAGGCUAAAGCUGGACAACGGGAGGGUUCUCAAGCAGAUCAGUAACAACCGUAAAUGUUCGAGUCCGCGCACGUCAGACUCUGAGGAGAACGACAAGAGGCGAACGCACAACGUCUUGGAGCGCCAGCGGCGGAACGAGCUCAAGCUGAGUUUCUUUGCUUUGCGCGACCAGAUCCCGGAAGUCGCCAAUAACGAGAAAGCUCCCAAAGUGGUUAUCCUCAAAAAGGCCACGGAAUACGUCCUGUCCAUUCAGUCAGAUGAACACAGACUGUUAGCGGAGAAAGAGCAGCUGAGGCGGCGACAGGAGCAGCUGAAAAACAAGCUUCAGCAGCUAAGGAACUGUUGCAUUUAAAAAGAAAAUAAUAAAGAAAUUUAAGGCUCAUGAACUUUGGGGUGGGGGUGGGGGGGAUGGUAUGCACACAGCGUAGAAUGAAAAACGAUCCAGGUGGAAGAAGAUGGAAACUUUUAGUGCUUCGUAAAUAUACGGAUAAAUUCGGCCAUGUAUGAAACGUGGAACUCCUGCUUAUUGCAUGCUCUAAAACUACACAACCUUGGCCAGAACCUCAGAACUGCCUCUGAACUUUUAAAAAUAAAAACUUUUGGGCAGACGUCUCGUCAUGCUUGGGGAUGAACAUAUUUUCACUUUACUUUUAUUUUGGGGUAUUUAAAGCAUUCCCCCCUUUCCCCUUUACAGUGAUUUACAAAA